AAAUAAAGGAUUUUGAAUCCUUUUUUGCUAUCUUUUCUAAAUUUUGUGCAUUUGUCUUUUCUUUCUUAUCUUUCUUGAGCUCUUCCUCAUCACCCAUCUUUUAUAUAAUCCAACAUUCCCAAAAUACCCAUCUCUAUUUCCCAGAUUAUGGGCAGUUGGAACAAAUUCCAAAAGGUAUAGUAGUCAAUUUCACACCUUAAAAACUAGUAUAUGUACAACACAAUGUAGAACUAACACACAUUCUUAAAAUAAAGCCCAAGUAAUGAGUAGGGUCACUUUGUCUAAAACCUCUGUAAGCGGAGUUAAUCCACCAAAUGUAGCUAAUGAGCCAUGGUUCGACGAUGCUUGCAUCCUCGACAUGGAUUACUUUGUUAAAACCCUUUCGGGCAUUAAGUCCAAAGGGGUUCGCCCAGACCUAGUGGGCUCAAUCAUAGCCCACUACGCGUCUAAAUGGGUACCUGAACUAUCCGAAAGUAGGGAUGUCACUGGCCCGGAGACGGAUGACCCAUCAGCCUUUCCGAAGUCAAUGACAUCCACAUGGAAAAAGAAGAAAUUCUUUGUGGAAACUCUAGUAGGGAUUCUCCCCCCAGAGAAUGACACAGUCCCAUGCAAUUUUCUACUAAGGCUACUGAGAGUAGCCAAUAUGGUAGGAGUUGAGCUAACUUAUAGAGAAGAACUAGAAAAGAGGGUAUCAUGGUUAUUAGACCAAGCUAGUUUAAAGGAGUUAAUGAUACCUUGUUUUAGUCAUACUUGUAGUACAUUGCUUGAUGUAGAGCUUGUUUUGAGAUUAGUGAAGAGAUUUAUGGGAUUAGAUGAAGUUGUUAAGAGUGGUGCAGCCUUAAUUAAGGUAGCUAAGUUGGUUGAUGGGUACUUAGCUGAAAUUGCUAUGGAUAGUAAUUUGAAAUUAGAGGAGUUUAUUCAAAUUGCUGGUGCCCUUCCUGCUCAUGCUCGAGCCAUUGAUGAUGGACUCUACCGUGCUGUUGAUACUUAUCUUAAGGUACAUCCUGGGAUAACAAAGCAAGAAAGGAGGCUCCUAUGCAGAUUAAUAGACAGUAGAAAACUGUCUCCAGAAGCAUGCCUACAUGCCUCACAAAAUGAAAGAUUACCAGUAAGAGCAGUAGUGCAAGUCCUAUUUUCAGAGCAAAACAAGAUCACACGCCAAUUGGACUGGAGUGGGCCAUUAUCCACAACAAGAAGCCCAAACUCAAAUGGGCUUGAUUUACCAGGCCGAUGCCACUCGAAACGAGAGGUUUCAGCCCAAAAAAUAGAGAUCAAGAGGUUAAAGGAAGAUGUUUUAAGGCUUCAGAAUCAGAUUAAUUUGUUGCAAAAUCAGCUUGAAAAAGUGGUUGAAAAGAAAAAAGGGUUUUUUAGGUGGAAAAGAUUAAUGUUAAUGCCUGGUUCAAGUAGUGUUAAUGAUGUAGGAAAAAAAGAGUUUGAGGAAGUUGGGUUUGGGAGACAUACCCCACUUUCUAAGGGUAAGUCUUCACAAAGAUGGAGAAAAUCUUUAUCUUGAUUGUCUUGUUUCUUUGUUCUAAAUUAUGCUCUCUAUAGGACCACUUAUGUAUAAUUGGUAUUAUUAUUAUUGUUAUUGUCAAUUUGUAUGAAUAUAUAACAAUUACCAAGA